AUGGUCAAUGUAGAUUUGGACAUUGGACCAGCCAAACGGAACAUUUCUCAAAGUGAAAGCAUAAAAGGAACUUUUGAAUCCAAUGGUCCUUCUGGAUAUACUAAGUACGUCUACAAAAAGUCCAAUAGUGGCACUUUCACAUUAUCUAGAUUAUCAUAUGGUGGAAAAAAGUUUACUCUUAUAGUUACAACUUCCAUACAUGAUGUUUCAAAAGUAGUGGUAUAUUUUAAACAGGUUGAGGGUACACUUUUGGCUAUACAUGUUAGUACAAAUGUCAAGCAGUAUUACUACACCAAUUAUAAUACUAGCACAUCUAUAAACGAGUACUCUUGGUUUGAUGAAUUUAUAACUGUAUGUGGUAAGGUACUUGACGAGUCCACGGAGAUUAAAGAGAUACUAGAAAAUAUAGACAAAAAUACCAGGCUUUACUAUUACAGACUUAGUAGCGGUAUAAAGGGAAACCUCUGGAGAAGUAAUGAUAUAGUCUUCAAUCUUACAAAAAACCCUAAGAACAACUAUAGCUCUGAACUUACAGAUGUAGCAAUAUCGCCUAAACAAGUUGAAACAGCGAUCGCAGGAUACAACAAGGUUAAACACGAAAUAGCGAGUGAACCAUUUUUUGUAAGGAAGAUCGAACUCUCCAGUGGUGAUAUUCAACUUGGAAAUGAGGUUCCAAACGUUCCCAUUAGAGAGUUUAAUGCAUACUACAGUACUUCCGAUUCAGGCUAUUCUAACCCCCUAUUGGUUUUGUUAGAUGUAAAGCAACAAGAAGAUGUAGAUCAGUAUAAAUAUAUCCCUAAUAAAUACCUCUUAUCUAAAACUGAGGAUACUAAAAAUUGGGACAUUCGUAGGAUUGAUGGAUCUCUAGGAGAUAAGGAACUUAGGAAAGUGCUUGAAAAUAUUGUGGUAAAUCAAAGACUCAUCGUUGAGAAACUUGAGGAAAAUGUUCAAAAAAAGCUCACAGACAUCUCAAAGGAUCUCAUAAUUUACAUCACCAGAGAUUUUUCAGUUGAUAAUAAGAAUGUUGGAAGCUAUGAUUCAGAGGGAAAAACUGUUUACUACAAGAAGUAUACGGGGAAUGGGUAUACUAGGAUUAAACACUGCUAUACAUUUUUUAGCUUUACCGUACGAGAGAUAAAUUUUGAUGAUAAUCAUUCUAUCUCUGGUAACCUUCCUUCUUCCAACAAUACUGUUUACAGUCUUAGUUCCUACUCUACUGCCAUCUCAAAUGGAAAUUCUGGAAAUCCUCUAUUGCUUUAUCUUUACUACGGAGAAAAGGAUCACUGGCUAAAGAGACAAUGUGCAGAUAUUACCUGGAAAGAGCAUAAUGAUAAUAGCACCCCAACCAGUGAUGUGGAUUCUGAGAAGAUAAAUAAACUCCUUGAGGAGCUAAAGAUUCCCAAUGUUCAAAUAAAUAUUUCUCAGAAUGGUCAAUACCAACCUACUGGAAAUACUCUUCAGUUCUCUGUCAAUGGCAGUGAAUAUCCUCCUGGAUCUGGUUUUUGGAAGUUUGAACAUGCUAUGAGUACAUUAAAGCAACCCUUUACAGUCAAGAGUGUUAUGCAUGGAACUAUCCUUCUGAAUGGUAUAGAGCUCACUGAUCUUCUUGAGAAGGUAACGGCAUACUACUAUGGAGGCAAUCCCUCAGAUGAGAAGAAACUCUUGUUUGUAGAAUUACUGAGAAAGGAUGGCCAGAAUAAGCAUGUAUAUUAUAGCAGACCACUUGUUACCGGGUAUUCAUGGACAAUGGAAGAGCGUUCUACUAAAUUGGAUGAGGUAAAACUAAAACAGAUGCUGGACGCUCUUAAAACGGCACACUUCCCUGAGUCACCCACUACCACGAUCGUUGGGUCAUCUAUUGGAAGUGGACUAGGCGGAGCAGGGUUGGGUGCUCUUACUAUGUGGAAAGGACCCGCUAUACUCGCAAGGCUAAUAACUCGCCUGUAA